UGCCCUUGGGAGAGUUCCAAGUAGGCAGAGAUCAGAGAUGGCAGCUGCCAGUGACGAAAUCCACCCUCAGGGGCGGGUCACCGCCGUGACUACCGGGAAGGUUUCUGGAAAUCGGGGCUCUGUCCAGUGAUCUGAGAGUCCACUCUCACCGGGGAAGGGAGCGUGUGACUUCCUAUGGGUCUAGGAGGCUGCGGGGAACAAGACGGCCGGCUAAAGCCACGGUGAUGAUCUUGUGCACCCCUGUGGUACCGGUCUCAGAUCAGGACUCUAGAAAGAGUGAGAAGGGAGGAGCCUGCCGUUUAGGGUCAGGAAGCUGAGGAGACAUGGUAGGAGCAGGACCUGACUGUUGUGCUUUGUAUCUAGACGCCCCCAAGAGCCUCUGGCACUCAGUGCUCUGGAUCAAAUCUAGGACCUGGAAUACGAGGCAAGCCCCACCGUACGGACCACUGAACAACCUCUGCAGCUCUAGAGCACAUGUGCCGUAGGUUCGCCACCCCUGGUCUAGGUUCUUCCGGAACCAGUUUACUUUGCAGUCGCUCUGUGUUGCCUCUCUGUGUGCUGGAAUGAAAAAGGCAGCAGCCCUGCUUCUGAGGUGCUUACGGUCCAGCCGGGGUUACAGGUACUGAAACACAACGAGCCUUUCACCCGAUGAGUACUUAACGAAGCUGUGUGUCCAGUAGCACGCGGGAACCAAGGCAGCCUCUUCCCAGCCCUCCCCGUGGAAAGCGGGCAAGGUGGCGUUUCAACUGGACCUGAAAGGGCAGAGGAGAUUUGUCACAGCGAGAAGGGAUAACAGGCACGGCAGGCAAAGGAAAUUGCAUGUUCAAAAGGUGCAGGAGAAUAAAACACGAAUGCACGGCAGAUUUGGGGUCAAGGAAACGGAAGAGAGGAAGAAUCGGGUGGUGCAGUGGAGUGAGAAAGGAGCUGGUUGGGGAGAGGCCUCCCUGGCUGUUGAGCAGCCACGCAGCGGGUGCAAGCAGAGCGACAGGGUCAGAGCUGCAGUGAGGAAUCUGGGGAGACUCCACCUCCUCACCCACUGACCACGGAGAAGCCAGACUUUGGACCCAAGUUCACAGAGACCUGGAGCUCAAGUUGACCUUGGCUGUGGGAGAAAUGGUGUUCCUGAGGAAGAAGAUAAGCGCAGAAGAAAUGUCUGGCCAAGAACGGGGGAAGAGCAGCAGUAUGAGGAACAGCACAUAAAACGUGCAUCAAGAGCAUCACCUUCCCAAACGGAGCAGAGUAUUUCCUGAGACUCGAAGGCUGAACAGAACCUGGGAGUGCCGAGAUGAAUCAACCGUGAAUGGAGAGCAUGCUGACGGGAGAGCGGAGGUGCCGGACCUUUGCAGAACAGCAGGACAAGCAGCAGGGGGCAGUGAAGGCCGAAGCCAGGAUGGAAGCUUCCCCGCGCCCUCGUGUUUGUGGCUCGGAAGGCAGCCCUUUCUUGGAGCCCAGAGAGCGCAAGACUCCCAAUACGAAGGUAGCUACACCCGGAGGGAGUACUGGGGACUCCCAGGGAUUCGCUCUUCUGUUCCUUCUUAAGAAGCCAUAGCGCCCUCCAUCGCAGGAACUUCGACGGAACUGCAGAGGGACACCGAUGUAGCCACACGCUUCAACGCCCUCCUAAGUAAACCGGAAGGCUGGGGCCGCGCCUCCUCCGGAGUCCCGCCCCGACGCAACCCGUUCCGUGGCUCCGGUUGGCUGGUCUCUGUGCGUGAAGACGUUACGUCGCGGGGCGGGGUGGAGGAGAGUUUCCUGUAGUGCUUCAGCCUUGUGUCCGCGGCCGCCGCCCCCGCUGUUCUUCGGCUUCUGGGUUUCGCCUGCUUUUACAGUGUACACGUGACGAGCAGGGUUUCGGGCAGUCUCACAGCCGCCAGACGUCUCCGCUGUGCCGCCUAGUCUAGCAGGCGGCUCUUUUUGACUGGUCCGGUUUGCGGGGAAGAUGGCGCCGGCGCCUCUAGGCGUCCGGGAGGAGCAGCUGUUGGGGUCCGGACCCCUUUCCCGGCUCCUCUUCCUCGCCCAGGCGGUGCUCCUGCUGCCCGGCGCCCGGGCAGGCCCCUGCCCCGCGCCCUGCUCCUGCAGCGUUUCUCUGCUGGACUGCAGUCGCAGGAAGCUGCCCGCGCUGAGCUGGAGGGCGCUGUCGGGCCCGCUGCCCCCCGACACUUCCAGCUUGGAUUUGAGUCAUAAUCGAUUAUCUAACUGGAACAUCAGCUUGGAAUCACAAACAUUACAGGAAGUGAAAAUGAAUUACAAUGAGUUAUCAGAAAUCCCGUAUUUUGGAGAGCCAACAUCUAAUAUCACUGUACUUUCAUUAGUCCAUAAUUUAAUCCCAGAAAUAAAUGCAGAGGCAUUCCAGUUUUAUCCUGCUCUUGAGAAUUUAGACCUCAGCUCCAAUGUAAUCUCAGAAAUUAAGACGUCUUCAUUUCCUCGAAUGCAGCUUAAAUACCUGAAUUUGAGUAAUAAUAGGAUAACUACUUUGGAAGCUGGUUGCUUUGAUAAUUUAUCAAGUUCCUUAUUAGUGGUAAAGCUAAACCGGAACCGAAUUAGCAUGAUUCCACCUAAGAUCUUCAAGCUGCCUCACCUCCAGUUCUUGGAGCUUAAAAGAAACAGAAUUAAAAUUGUGGAAGGCCUUACAUUCCAAGGGCUUGACUCCUUAAGAUCUUUGAAAAUGCAACGGAAUGGAAUUAGCAAACUUAAAGAUGGAGCAUUUUUUGGCUUAAAUAACAUGGAAGAACUAGAACUGGAACACAAUAACCUUACGCGAGUGAACAAGGGUUGGUUAUAUGGCUUGCGAAUGCUGCAGCAGCUGUAUGUGAGCCAGAAUGCUAUUGAAAAAAUCAGCCCUGAUGCAUGGGAGUUCUGCCAAAGACUAUCUGAACUUGAUUUGUCCUAUAACCAGCUGACCCGCCUGGAUGAAUCUGCUUUUGUGGGUCUCAGUUUAUUGGAGAGAUUGAAUUUAGGGGACAACAGAGUCACUCACAUUGCCGAUGGUGUAUUUAGGUUUCUUUCCAAUCUUCAGACACUAGACUUAAGAAACAAUGAAAUUUCAUGGGCCAUAGAAGAUGCUAGUGAAGCCUUUACUGGACUCACAAGUCUCACUAAAUUAGUCUUACAAGGAAACCAGAUUAAGUCAAUUACAAAGAAAGCAUUCGUUGGUCUUGAAUCCCUUGAGCAUCUAGAUUUGAAUAACAAUGCUAUAAUAUCUAUCCAAGAAAAUGCUUUUUCUCAGACUCACUUGAAAGAACUGAUUCUGAACACAAGCAGUUUGCUGUGUGACUGUCAUUUAAAAUGGUUACUUCAAUGGCUGGUUGAUAAUAACCUUCAUCAUUCUGUAAAUGUAAGCUGUGCCCAUCCUGAAUGGCUAGCCGGACAAAGCAUCCUGAAUGUGGACCUAAAAGAUUUCGUCUGUGAUGAUUUUCUCAAGCCACAGAUAAGGACACAUCCUGAAACCACAGUUGCUCUACGGAGCAUUAAUGUGACUCUGACCUGUACUGCGGUGAGCAGCAGUGAUUCACCAAUGUCCACGGUGUGGCGCAAAGACAGUGAAAUCCUGUAUGAUGUGGAUAUUGAGAAUUUUGUUCGUUAUCGGCAGCAAUCUGGAGAAGCUCUUGAACAUACUAGUAUCUUACAUCUUUUCAAUGUGAAUUUCACAGAUGAAGGAAAAUAUCAGUGUAUUGUUACUAAUCACUUUGGUUCCAAUUAUUCUCAGAAAGCCAAACUAACUGUGAAUGAGAUGCCAUCUUUCCUGAAAACUCCAAUGGACCUAACUAUUCGCAGUGGUGCCAUGGCCAGGCUAGAAUGUGCUGCAGAGGGGCAUCCUAUACCUCAGAUUUCCUGGCAGAAAGAUGGUGGUACUGACUUUCCGGCUGCUCGAGAAAGACGCAUGCACGUCAUGCCAGAGGAUGAUGUCUUCUUCAUUGCUAAUGUGAAAAUAGAAGACAUGGGAAUCUAUAGCUGCAUGGCACAAAAUAUAGCAGGAGGCCUCUCAGCAAAUGCUUCACUGACAGUGCUAGAGACACCCUCAUUUAUUAGGCCUCUGGAAGACAGGACAGUAACCCGGGGUGAAACAGCCGUGUUACAGUGCAUAGCUGGAGGGAGUCCCACCCCUCGCCUCAACUGGACUAAAGAUGAUGGCCCACUGCUGGUGACAGAACGACACUUCUUUGCUGCAGCUAACCAGCUUCUCAUCAUUGUGGAUGCUGGGCUAGAAGAUGCGGGGAAAUACACUUGCAUUAUGUCUAAUACUCUUGGGACAGAACGUGGCCACAUUUACCUGCAUGUCAUUUCAUCCCCCAACUGUGAUUCCUCUCAGAUUAGCAGUGGGCACGAUGAUGAUGGCUGGACCACAGUUGGCAUUGUCAUCAUUGUGGUGGUCUGCUGUGUUGUGGGCACCUCUUUGGUCUGGGUCAUUGUUAUUUACCACAUGAGAAGGAAAAAUGAAGACUAUAGCAUCACAAACACAGAGGAGCUCAAUCUACCUGCAGACAUUCCCAGCUACUUAUCUUCUCAAGGAACACUCUCUGAGCCACAGGAAGGCUACAGCAACUCUGAGGCAGGCAGUCAUCAGCAGCUUAUGCCUCCCGUCAAUGGGUACAUGCACAGAGGCACCGAUGGUGGUACUGGUACCCGGGUGAUCUGUUCAGAUUGCUAUGACAAUGCCAACAUUUACUCGAGGACUCGAGAAUACUGUCCAUACACCUAUAUUGCUGAGGAAGACAUUCUAGAUCAGACACUAUCCAGCCUCAUGGUCCAGAUGCCCAAAGAGACAUUUUUGUCAUGUCCUCCCCAAGAUGCAGCUGCCCUGGAGAACUUAGUAUCAUUGGCAGACCGAGAGCUGUCUGCCUUUCCCACCAACCAUGAGAGGAUAAAUGAAAAGAAACCUCCCCCUACACAGAUGAGCAAUGAAGCAUUGCAGCAGCCUCUGUGGAGCAUAAACAGAGAACCAGGCCUGCCUCAUCCUCUCUUUUCCCAGCAGCCAGCCCUUCAGUCACCACAACUACAUCGGAAUGAGGAUCUGGCAGAGAGGGAUCCAGACUGUUCUUCCCCCGUGCCCUGCCAUAGGUUACAGGACCAUGCUUUUGACUUUAGUAGGACUCAGAACAUUCAAAAUGGUAGCCAGGACACAUGAAACCCACACCAGAAUGAAAUUUGGGCAGAGACUCAAGUUAGUUAAUUUUUGUAUUUACUACCUCACGAUUUGUUUGUUUGUUUGGUGUUUGUUUGGGCUUACACUUGACAAGGAAAGGGUAGCGGCUGAUGGAAGUGAGUGUAUCAAGGUGAGAAUAUGUGGCACUGGCAGAGGAAGACAUGGAGCAAAUGUGUCUCCUGGGGGCCCACGGGAACGUGCCCAGGAUUGCACCGCCUAUCAGGAAGCCUCUCACUGCUGUUAACCUGCCGGAUUGUCCUAAUUCACGGACUGAUCCUUUGAAAACAUUGCUGCUUUGAUGUUCUGUUUUGCCCUCCAAGGAGCAAAAAUAACUUCGGAGCCCUCUAGGAAGUAUACCUGGGGUCAUUCAGUGGGUUUAAGCAGGUAGUUGAGACUAGGGCUUUGAUAUUCAAAGUCCUUGGCAAGAAUCCCAGGUUUGACCAGCUGGUACCAGGUCAAAGGUUUUUGUAUUCUUGUGAAUUAUUAUUUUUGUCCCUAUUGCCCAGGGAUCUCAUUGUAAAUAUGUGUGCAUUUGUAAAUAAUUUUUCUAUUCCUUGACUGUGUGUUGGUGGCAGUGUAAAUAUUUUUGAUAUGCCAAAAUUAUAUAUAAUGUCUAGUUAUUGUCAGCUUCUUAGAUCAGAGAGUUUGUAUAAUUUAGUUAAGUGAGAUCUAAAAACUUUGUUUAAAUGAAAACUUUGUUUAAAGUUCUGAAAACUUACUCUCAAGAAUUAUAUGUAUAGAGGCAGGGUACUUAGUGAUUGCAUACAUACAAACACAAUCUUGGUGUGACUAACUGCUUCUUUCAUGCUUAAACAUUCAUUUUCAUUUGUCAUCUGUGUACAAGUGCCAGGCAAGAUUCUCUUUGCAGCAUAAAAAGCCUUGUUUUUUCAGAGCCUGAUGAUUUGUCAUUGCUAUUGUGAACUAGAAGAUUUGUUUUAGGAAUGAUUUUAGCAAAUCACUUCAUUGACAAGGAAACCAAAGAUUGCUGCUUUUCUUCUUUUUUUGUUUGUCAAUAUAUCUUGGAAAGGAAGUCCUCUUGAGAGUAGAACAUAACAUAAAUUUUUAUACUAUAAAGCUUUGGAAUGGUCCUUGUUUUGUACGUUUUUGUUUAAGCCAAAAAGUUUUCUUGAAUAUCUGAUCAAAGAACUUUAUGUAAACAAAGAACUUAACAUUUUAAUGUGAUGGACAUUUUUUGUGCUUUCAGAUUUGCUUAUACAGGCUGUUCAGUUUUAUCUUCUAAAUCUAACAUUAGCCUUUUACUAGAUAUCUUCACUCUCUCAAAUAAAAAUGUAUAAGUUGUUAUGUGUUUCCAGGGUUCUAAAGUCACAUAAUUUCUCAGCAUUUUCUCAGAAAGUUAGCUGAAUUUUAUAUUCUUUCCUGGAUAGCAGCACCUUUUUUUUUGAACUGUUAGGUUCUGUUCAUUUACACUGUGAAUUUUUUUCUCUUUUUCUUUUUUGAUAGUACUGGGAAUUGAACCAAGAAUCAAGAACCC